AUGGGAAAUUGUUGUUCAAAAGGGGAAGAGAUUGUUGAAGAAGAGGAAGACUCAGAAGAGAACUUCCAAGAAGUGCCAGGAAUGCCAGAAGUUGGUCAGCCUCCUCCUCCAGCAGAAAAUCCUGUUUCUCCGCCAAAUCACGUUUCAGUUUACCAUAAUACGGAGAAUCCUUUGGAUGGAAAAGAUGAAUUCCAAGAAAUUGAGUUAUCUCCUGUUAGUGAUCACCCAGAUUGA